UUAGAGAGUACGGCGGAAGGUCGCGGUGCGUCGCAGCGCAUUCCAACUCACAUCCUCGUCAUCCCGUACGAGUGUUUGAUGCGAGCGAGUGUUUCGAGAGUGUCGUGGACUACCGCAAGUGAAAUGUCGACGUUCGUACCGACAUCCGUCGUGUCUAAUGCACGAUGCGAAGUCGUGUCGCGUUCAAUCGUGUUUCGCAGUUUCUUCGUUGCCUCUUAUUCCGAGUUUCCGACACGCGUGAGCACCGGAAGGGUUUCGAGAGUUCCGAAAACGAAGGCUUGAGCGUUCGUGGCAAGUAUGAAUCGAGACGAAUCGUCGUGAAUCUUGGAUUCUCCGUAUCAUUUAGACGGCAAUAGACGAUCGGUCGGGACGACGCGAAAUCGCGUCGCCCGUUUAAUCGCGUCUUCUCCGUUGCCCCGUAUCCCGUAUCUCGAGUUUUCGACGGACGUGAGUACCGGGAGUGCCGAAAACGAACCAAGUGUCGCGCGUUUGUGCCAAGUAUGAAUCGAGAGGAGGAGGAUCUUGGAUCUUCGAAAGCGGCGGCUGAGACUUCGAGACGGAGCUGGACGGAGCGACCAGCGGCGAACGGUUAUGCACAUCCAGAAAAUCUAGUAGUCUCCCCUGACGAACGAUGUCGCUCUUGUACGGGCGACGAAAGGGGAACCUGGAGAACGGGUGAGGUUACGUUCGCGUCAAACACCUGUUGUGUCAAAACUGCGACAGAAUUCGAUAUCCGAAGGAAGGACGCGAUUACCAUAAGACCGAUCGAUCAUGAGUUCCGAGAGUGCUUCUAUCUAUUUGCUCGAAGUGGUCAGAUUCGCACACUUGAUGAGCUCACUAUAAUUAUGAGAUCUCUGGGGCUGAGCCCGACCAUUGCGGAAUUGAACAAGUACAUGAAGGACAAAGGUGGAAAGAUGUCUUUUGCUGACUUUCUGGAAGUCAUGCACUUUCAGACUCGUGCGGAGGAUCUACCAAAAGAGGUAAUCAAAGCCUUUCAAGCUGCCGAUACCUCUCACAGUGGCACUAUUCCAGCGCGACAGCUAGCGCAUAUGUUGCUUCACUGGGGAGAACAAUUGAGCAGCAAAGAAGUGGAACAAAUCUUCCGCGAGGCCAAUGUGUCUCUGAACGGGCAUGUGAAGUACGAAGACUUUGUAAAAAUAGCUUGUGCACCUGUACCUGAUUAUUAUUAAGGGCUAUUAAGUGGCUUUCAUAUUUAUAUAUACAUUCUAUAAUAUAUUUUAUAGUUUUACAUAUUCUUAUAAAAUGGAUGAAAAAGAAAGAUAUUUUUACAUAAAUAAGAAAGGAUUUUAUAACUUAAAAAUACGGUUGCGGGACUUCUACGGUCGACUAAAUAAAAUCUCAUUAUUUAUUGCCAUUA